UGCGCGCUCCGCGCCGAGAACCGCGCCGCGCGCCUCCGUGGCCAGCUCCCGGCUGUGCCGGUGCAGAAGGGGGACUGCGGGGACCCAGGGACCCGCAGUGCCAGCUGGCUCCGCAGCAAGCACAACUUCAUCGCCGAGGUGGUGGAGAAGGUGGCGCCGGCUGUGGUUCACUUACAGCUGUUCCGGAGGUCAGCUCUGGGCGGCAAGGACAUUCCCGCGUCCAGCGGCUCUGGGUUCAUCUUGUCGGAGGAUGGGCUCAUUGUUACCAAUGCUCACGUUCUGACCAACCAGCAGCGGAUCCAGGUGGAGCUCCAGAGUGGGGCACAGUACGAGGCCACCGUCAAGGACAUUGACCACAAAUUAGAUCUUGCGCUGAUUAAGAUUGAGCCAAAGACUGACCUCCCUGUGUUGCUGCUGGGAAGCUCGGCAGAUCUCCGGGCUGGAGAGUUCGUGGUGGCCUUGGGGAGCCCGUUUUCUCUGCAGAACACCGUGACUGCAGGCAUCGUCAGCACCACACAACGAGGGGGCAAAGAGCUGGGGCUGAAGGACUCCGACAUAGACUACAUCCAGACCGAUGCCAUAAUUAACCACGGGAAUUCUGGGGGGCCUCUGGUGAACUUGGAUGGUGAUGUGAUCGGCAUAAACACCCUGAAGGUGACCGCGGGCAUCUCCUUUGCCAUCCCCUCUGAUCGAAUCAGGCAGUUCUUGGCCGACUACCACGAGCGCCAGCUAAAAGGGAAGGCUCUCUCGCAGAAGAAGUACCUGGGUCUGCGGAUGCUGCCGCUCACCAUGAACCUUCUGCGUGAAAUGAAAAGGCAAGACCCGGAUUUCCCUGAUGUGAGUUCGGGGGUUUUUGUGUAUGAAGUGAUUCAAGGAACAGCUGCUGAGAGCUCCGGCUUGAGAGACCACGAUGUAAUCGUCAGCAUAAACGGGCAGCCCGUGACCACGACGGCGGACGUUAUCGAGGCCGUUAAAGACAACGACUCCCUCUUCAUCGCCGUUCUUCGGGGAAGCCAAACUCUGCUCCUGACGGUCACGCCCGAAAUCAUCAAUUGAGUAUCCUGCUUUAAAGAGAGAUUGACAAAACCACCGUGAUAGUACUGGUGUGUGAGGAAGAUGUGCCAACGGCGAUGAGUGCUUAGAAAGAAACGGAUGCUUCAAGUACACAUGCUCAAGGUCUCUGGGUUGGGGCGCCGCACCGCUGCUGAAAAGCCUUACUGUGCCAAGCAGAUGAAGGGCAUGGUGCCGGGAAGUCUGGGGACCUGACAGUUUUGGUUAAAGGUAGGACACAACUAAAAUAUAGGCACAAUUUCUAAUUUUAACCUUGCCUGACGGGGCACGUUAGUAUUUUAAACCUUCUUUAUAGACACCACAUAUAACCCACAUACAAAAAUAUGUAGAACUGCCUACUAAGUAUUGAGAAACAGCCUGGACCCCGAGUGCGAAGGUGAGCAAUUUUCAACAGUUUUUCAGGGUGUAUCACAUUUCCCCGGGGGGGUGGAUCUCCAGGAUGGGCAUCAGGUCGAAGUCAAAUGGGCGACUGUCACGCGGGC